AUGGAGUGCUUUGUUGUGUUUCUGAUGACUCUGGCGGCGGUGACGUCAUUUCCUCUGAAAAAUGAAGAGGACUCACCUUUGAAAAUAAAGAUUUUGCGCCCACCACUACUAUAUGGAAGAUCGAUGAAAGAGCCACAUCUGAACGACCCCGCUCCAUUUGGCAACUGGGGUGUCAACGUUGGUUGGCGAAAUGGUGGGGUCAAAGUCGGUGGAGGGCCUAACAACAACGGUGGACAUGGGGUGGGUGUCAACGUUGGUUGGCUGAAUAGGGGUGUCGAUGUCGGUGCAGGGCAUAACAACAAUGGUGGACAUGGAGUGGGUGUCAACGUUGGUUUGCCGAAUGGAGGCUUUAAUUUUGGAUUCGGAAAAAGAAAUACUGAACCAGUUCUGAAUGAUCCCGCUGAACAAAGCAAAAGGGGUUUUUAUACUGUUGGCGGUUAUGGAAAUCAUGGCCCCAUUAGCGGAACUAUUGGUGGAACUAUUGGUUCUCAAGGUGGAGGAUAUCCUAAUUACGGGAAGAGGAAGAUUGAACCAGUUCUGAAUGAUCCCGCUGAACAAAGCAAAAGGGGUUUUUAUACUGUUGGCGGUUAUGGAAAUCAUGGCCCCAUUAGCGGAACUAUUGGUGGAACUAUUGGUUCUCAAGGUGGAGGAUAUCCUAAUUACGGGAAGAGGAAGAUUGAACCAGUUCUGAAUGAUCCCGCUGAACAAAGCAAAAGGGGUUUUUAUACUGUUGGCGGUUAUGGAAAUCAUGGCCCCAUUAGCGGAACUAUUGGUGGAACUAUUGGUUCUCAAGGUGGAGGAUAUCCUAAUUACGGGAAGAGGAAGAUUGAACCAGUUCUGAAUGAUCCCGCUGAACAAAGCAAAAGGGGUUUUUAUACUGUUGGCGGUUAUGGAAAUCAUGGCCCCAUUAGCGGAACUAUUGGUGGAACUAUUGGUUCUCAAGGUGGAGGAUAUCCUAAUUACGGGAAGAGGAAGAUUGAACCAGCUCUGAACGAUCCCGCUGAACAAAGCAAAAGGGGUUUUUAUACUGUUGGCGGUUAUGGAAAUCAUGGCCAAUGGGGUAAUACUCAUGGAACCGUUGGUUCCCAUGGUGGAGGAUAUUAUUACGGGAAAAGGAAGAUUUACCCAAAUGUGAACGACUUUGGAGAGAGACCCCAAUGA